AUGAGCUGUUUUAAGCUCCCGGAUAACCUUUGUGAUGACCUUACCAGCAUGAUAAGACAGUUUUGGUGGGGCCAAAGAAAGAAUGAGAAGAAGCUGGCCUGGGUUAGUUGGGAGUGGCUAUGCCAAUCAAAGGAAAACGGUGGGAUGGGCUUUAGGGACUUGAAGAGUUUCAAUAAGGCUCUCUUAGCGAAACAAUGGUGGAGGCUGCUGUCCAACACCCAAUCUCUUUUCUCAAGGGUUUUCAAAGCGAAGUAUUUCCCGGAUUGUGAUUUUACUGAGGCUUCCAUUGGUCAUCACCCGUCUUUUGCGUGGCGAAGCAUAAUGUCUGCCCAAUCUGUGGUUAAGAAGGGGGUUAGGUGGAGGGUGGGUAACGGCAGAAGUAUUCAAAUCUGGACUGAUGAAUGGCUGCCAUCCUUGUCUUACCCGAGGAUCCUCUCUCCCGCUCAGGUCCAGUGGGCUAACGCAAAGGUUUGUGACCUCAUUGUGGAAGAUCGUGGAGAAUGGAACUUGGCCGUUGUUAAGCACCUCUUUAAUCCUAUGGAAGCUGACCUGGUGAUGAGCAUCCCUCUUAGCCAAAGGUUGCAAGCGGAUAGAGUGGUCUGGGAGGGGUACAAGAAGUGGGAAAUUUUCGGUUAG